ACUAGCUCUCUGCACUUUGACUUUUGACACGUGUGGGACUGUUACAAACAUGGUAAAAUAUAUAUUCAUGUCUCAGAGUAUCAGUUUCAAGGGUGUAGCCGUGGGAGUGACACAGUUUUCCUGAUCUAGUUCCAGCAAACUGACGAAAAAUCCAAAACUCCUCGGUUCCAGCAAGGGAAGACUGCAAGCUGAAAAUUUUCUGAGCAGAAUCAUAAAGAAUCAGAAGUGAUUUCUUCUCAUCAUGCAUCUCAGAAGUCUGGCAAGUUUCCCUGGAAGGAUUUCCCAGACAUUAUCCAGAAGUAAUUCUGCAGGCCUUCUUACUGCACAAAGCACACAUGCACAAAAUAUACAAACUUUCACAAAGAAGGUGAAACAUGCACAGUUACUGACUCCAUCUCGAAGCGUAAACUUUCGCAGUACCAGUUUGUUGAGCACGUCUUCUCACGUGAAGUCCCGCUCUCAGACAGAGAAGAAGACGACGGGAGUUCCUGCUUCUGUGACCAAGUUUCUUGAGUGUGAGGACCAUCUACAGCUGGAAUAUAAAGGGGCCAAGCUUAAGCUGAACUAUGUCUGGCUUAGGGACCACUGCAGGACAGGAGACAGUAUUAACCACCUAACCCAGCAGCGCAUGGUGGACUCUGCUCUGAUCGACCCCAACAUUCAGCCUGUUAAUGUAGCCAUUGACGAGGGGACACUCAGUAUUACAUGGCCAGACGGCCACCAAUCAGAGUAUGACCUGGAAUGGUUGCUUAGCAACACCUAUGAAGGCAAGCAGCACCUCCAGGGCACCUUGGAGCCCCUGCUGUGGAACUUGGAAACCCUGUCAGCUUCCCCCUCACCCAGCGUCUCGUACCAGGACUACCUGACGGAUGAUGGACAGCUGUCAAAGUUGCUGCACAACCUGUUGAAGUACGGAUUUGCGUUUGUGGAAGAAGCCCCAGUAACCGUGGAAGCAACACUGGCUGUAGCGGAGAGGAUCAGUCAGAUCCGGGAGACGUUCUUCGGACGGUUCUGGUGUUUCACCUCUGACCUGGAGCGACACGACACGGCGUACACGGCCGAGGCCCUGGGAGCGCACACAGACACCACGUACCUGAAUGAACCUGCAGGUGUGCAGGUCUUCCAUAAGAUGGAACAUGUAGGUGAGGGAGGGGACACGCUGCUUGUUGACGGUUUCCACGCUGCCGAGAGGCUUCGUCAGGAGGAUCCGGAAGGUUUCGCCAUCCUCUCGUCCGUGUCAGUCCCACAUCACUACCUGGAGCCUACCAUUCACACCACGGGGGUGGGGCCUGUACUGGAACUGGAACCUGGACCCUGCAAGGAACUCAAGCUCAUCAGGUACAACAUGCAUGACCGAGCCUGUCUGGACACAGUACCGAUGGAGGAUGUGAGUCGCUGGUACUCUGCGCUCAGGAACCUCACCAGGUACAUCCGGGACCCAGCUUCCGAGUACUGGGUUACACUCCAACCAGGUCGAAUCUUGCUGACCUAUAACUGGCGGGUCCUACACGGGCGGUCAGCCUUCACUGGACGGCGGAGGGUAGCAGGCUGCUACCUACCCAGGGAUGAUGUCAUCAGCAGGGCGAGGGUACUCAAGGUCAUAUAACAGAAUCUCAAGGUCAUACAAAAGAGAAUCAUUUGGCUGCUUGUUUAUUUGUUUUGUUUGAACCUUUAUUUAUUAAUGAGAUGCACAAAUCGUCCUGCAAGCCGCUUUUCAUUGAGGUCAUGAGGGAGGUAAGGGUCAGAUAAGACAUAACAGAGAUACAGCUUAUAUCGAGUCCAAUAAAUCUAUCAUGUAGUAUGAACAUCACAGUGAAAUUGUGGAGAUUGUAAGGGAAUAUUCAGAUUCUUUAAAGGUUGAUAGGCUUCAAUUUAGUACACUUCUAGCCUGGAUACCAGACUGUUCAAGGACCUACACAGGCAAACUCCUCGGCUCCAGGGACAAAAUACCCCAAGGAAAUUCUACAACAGGCCCCCUUGAAAUUGGGUGUCUGGCAUCCAGGCUAGUUACAGCACACACCCAUACCAUACAUGCAUGUUGUAUUGUUAAAACAACAAAACUGCUAUUAUCAGUAUGAUGUGAAAUGUGGUACAAGAUAAAUUAUCAAAUUAUUUUUUGCAUAUGUUUUAAUAUGUAUGUGUUGUUAUUGUUGCGCAUCCUUUGUAGAGAUUGACUUUUUCAUAGCCAUGUGCCAAGUAGUUUUCAUUUUAAUUUUUUAUGAGAGAUAAAUAAGACAAUGUCUGUCUUUGCGUCUCUAGACCUAAUAUGAGAGAGAUACAUGUACAUGUGUACAAAAUUAUUUAUUACAGGUUUUUAUUAUAGGUUUGCUUUAAUUUGUGAGUGAUGAUACAGCUGUGGUGAUAGUGCCACAUCAAAAAGUCAUAUCAUAGUGAUUCCAACUGAAAUAACUGCCUUUGUACCAAUUCCACACCAAUUCAAUUUGUUGCUUCUCGUAUUGUUAAAGUGUGGUUAAGGCCAUGUUAAUUUGAUAAUAUGGAUGACAUCCUCUAUGAACCCCAAAACUGAUGCAUGUGAAUGAAAAAGAAAUUAUCAAAAAAGAAAUUUGAAUGUCUUCAUUUUGAAGUCAAAGUCGUCAGGAAGGUUGAACAAAUGACUUAAGCACGCAGAGUACAUAUACAGAACAAUUGACUCUUUGUCCUUAAGUUUCAUCUGAUCUUCUUGGACUUUAAAAUUGACUUUCAUUUCUACAAGAUUUGUAUCUGUUUGUCGAUAUAUUUUUUUUCAACUUACAACAUUUUUUUAGUAAUACCCGUUUUGCAGCAGCUUUGUACAAUUUACAGUAUGGUUGAAACUUUUUUAACGUAUGAAAAUUGAUGCAUGUGCAAAUGUCAUUCAAAUAGUCAAAUCUACU